AGCUGCUGCGGCCCCUGCCGGGCUGUUAGCGCGGCUCAGGCUGGACACGGACCCCGCUCACCCUGCCCUCCACUCGGAUUCCUCCCGGUCCAGUCCGGCUACACCCCGCUAUUUACCGAUAAUAUCGCUCACCGAGGCGCUGCCGGCAGGCUGUGAGCAUGCUCUCGUACGGAGGGAUCUCAGCACACAUCAGUGCCAGCAGGCUGAAGUCCGAGGGAAUGGGUUCCUAUGAGCAGGCGGUUCACUUCCAGAACCAGGACUUUGAGGAGCUGAAGCAGGAGUGUGUGGAGGGGGGCUUCCUGUUCGAGGACCCCUGCUUCCCUGCUGAACCGCCCUCGCUGGGGUUCAAGGAGCUCGGACCGCACUCGUCCAAAACCAGUGGAGUGGAGUGGAUGAGGCCUACGGAGUUGUGUGAUGACCCUCAGUUUAUUCUGGGUGGAGCUACGAGGACGGAUAUCUGUCAGGGAGCUCUCGGUGAUUGCUGGCUCCUGGCUGCCAUUGCUUCUCUCACGCUUAAUGAGAAGCUCCUGCACAGAGUGGUUCCUCACGGCCAGAGCUUCCAGGACGACUACGCCGGCAUCUUCCAUUUUCAGUUCUGGCAGUUCGGGGAGUGGGUGGACAUUGUGAUUGAUGACCGGCUGCCUGUUAAAGAUGGAGAGCUGAUGUUUGUUCACUCUGCAGAGGGAAACGAGUUCUGGAGCGCCUUAAUAGAAAAAGCUUAUGCUAAGCUGAAUGGAUCGUACGAGGCGUUGUCCGGGGGCUCCACCACUGAGGGGUUUGAGGAUUUUACAGGAGGCGUGUCGGAGAUGUACGAACUCAGAAAACCUCCCAGAGAUCUGUACCGCAUCAUCUCCAAAGCACUGGAGAGAGGAUCACUGCUGGGCUGCUCUAUUGAUAUCACCAGCACAUUUGAUAUGGAAGCUGUGACGUUUAAGAAGCUGGUAAAAGGCCACGCCUACUCAGUGACGGGCCUGAGGCAGGUGAACUUCAGAGGAGAUCUGCAGAGACUUAUUCGCAUACGUAAUCCAUGGGGUCAGGUGGAAUGGACGGGGGCCUGGAGUGACAACUCGUCUGAGUGGGAUGAGAUAGAUCCAACUGAGCGGGAGGAUCUGUGUCUGCAAAUGGAGGAUGGGGAGUUCUGGAUGUCGUUUAAUGAGUUUUUGAGGCAGUUCUCCAGGUUGGAGAUCUGUAAUUUGACUCCGGAUGCCCUCAGUGAUGACGGGUUGAGCCACUGGAAUACAAUUCAGUUCCACGGAUCGUGGAGGAGGGGCAGUACCGCCGGAGGCUGCAGGAACCACCCCAAUACGUUCUGGAUAAACCCGCAGUAUAAGAUCACUCUGCUGGAGGAGGACGAUGACCCGGAGGAUGAUGAGGUCGCCUGCAGCUUCCUGGUGGCUCUGCUGCAGAAGGACCGGCGGCGGUACCGCAGACAGGGACAGGACAUGCACACCAUCGGAUUCGCUGUUUACGAGAUUCCUGAGGAGUUCAGGGGUUGUCAGAAUGUCCACCUGAAGAAGAACUUCUUCCUGAGCCACUCGUCCUGCGCUCGAUCCGAGACCUUCAUCAACCUGAGGGAGGUGAGCGCCCGCCUGCGGCUGCCCCCCGGCGAGUACCUCAUCGUCCCCUCCACCUUCGAGCCCAGCAAGGAGGCCGACUUCGUCCUGCGGGUCUUCACCGAGAAGCAGUCCGAGACAGAGGAGCUGGAUGAUGAGAUUUCUGCAGAUUUAGAAGACGAGGAGGAAAUCACAGAGGACGAUAUAGACGACUCCUUCAAGUCUAUGUUUGCUCAGCUGGCUGGAGAAGAUAUGGAGAUAUCGGUGCAUGAGCUCCGGACCAUUCUCAACAGAGUGGUGUUGAGACAUAAAGACCUGAAGACGGACGGCUUCAGCAUGGAGUCCUGCAGGACUAUGGUCAACCUUAUGGAUAAAGAUGGCAGUGCCCGCCUGGGCCUGGUGGAGUUCCAGAUUCUGUGGAAUAAGAUCAGGAAGUGGUUGGUGAUCUACAGGCAGUUUGACCUGGACAAGUCCGGGACCAUGAGCUCGUAUGAGAUGCGUCUGGCUGUAGAGUCAGCAGGGUUUAAACUCAACAACCGGCUGAACCAGAUCCUGGUGGCCCGAUACGCUGAGAAUGAAGUCAUCGAUUUUGAUAACUUUAUCUGCUGCCUGGUGAAGCUCGAGGCCAUGUUUAGAUCGUUUCAGCAGUUGGAUAAAGAAGGGUCCGGAGAGGUGGAGAUGAACAUAACUGAAUGGCUGUACAUCACCAUGUGUGGGUGAAGAGGAAUCAAGGGACAAGAUAACCCCACAGAUAAUCGCCUUCAGAGUUCUGUUAAAGUGCCUCACUGCUGACCCAUACACCUCAGAGCCAUCGCAGCUCCAUCAUUACCUCUGAUAAACCUACAGUUCCGUCAGUUACACCCCCAUAUACACCUCAUAUACACUGAGCCUACAGAUUAUUAUUAGAUAAAUACAUUUAUCAUGUACGCACUGUACACUUAUUGGACAAUUUAUCAGAAACACUUAUGAUAAAUCAUAAACCAUAUACUCUAUGUGCACUUUGUAAGAGGUGUAGAGUAAAUGCCUUGAGCCCAUUGGUUAUAGUGUGAUAUAAACAGUAUUAUAAUACAUAACUUACAGGGAGUCAAUAUAUCACAAUAUAGUACGAUUUGUGAAACCCUCUAUGGCAUGAAUUUUAUUUUUUGGGAGGCAAAAUAUACUUUUUGGAAGCUCUGGAGUCCCUAAUAAUUAGCUGAUAGCUGGUAAUUCUAAUCAGGUGUUUUAGACAGGUAGUAUCCUCUGCUAAGACGCACAAAAGCGCCGUGCUGUAAAAAUAUGAACGCGCCAAAGUCAGAGCUCAUCUGGUUUAAAAAAAAAAAAGAUUAGCAAGUGACACGCUGAUUGGUUUAUUUUACUUUAUGCCCAAAAUUAACCACACCCAUGAUUAAUUAAGAGAAUUAGUACAUUCCCUUUGUGCGUUUCGAGCUGCUCAAGGUGUACUUUUCCUGUUGUUAUGAUAGCAAAGACACGCUGACACACACUAAAUCAAGCUGCACAGGGCACGGUUGAUGAAUCGCCUAUAGAUAAUCAAAGUAGGGCCUUAAGAUGAUGCUUAGUAAAAUCUUUAAAAAAUGUUUAAAAGUUGAAUAUGCUAUUUUAUGUUAUAUUAAAGUAAAAAUGUUGUUAUUAUUAUUAUUAGUGUAUCAUGAAUUCCAAGUACAAAAUAUGCUAUUGUAAGUGUUUCUGAUAAAAUGAACAGAAUCUCAGUGUAUACCUUCAUCCAGUCAUGAUUUUAGCUGGACAUGGUCUCCUCUGCUGUACUCAGAUCAGUGCUGUUCUCUGUCGUCACAUUUUCUUCUGUUCAUCAUGGCUAAAACUGUUAUUAGAAGCGCUGCAGGACGGACGUCUGCUUGAACCCGGCCUGGGCGUGGUCGGUGGUCAGUGGUCAGGUCUGUGGUUUAUGAGAUGAAGGUUGUGAGUAAAUUCCAGUAAAGUACUAAUAGUCUGAGUUUGAGUGAUUAUGAUUCUGCUGCAUGUUUUAUUUAGAGCACCAACACUGCAAACACUGCAUCACUGUAACGCCUGAUAGAUGUGAAAUACUGUGUAUAUAAAUAUAGAUUUGUCAUAUAUCUCUAAUAAUCCACAGCUGUGGAUCAAUAAAAAAAUGAACAAAAAAAGGAA